GGAAGCCCGUGCGGAGCAGAGAAAAACCGAGGCAUAGCAAGCCAGCAGCUGACGGCAGCAGCCGGUCACGUGACCUGGGCCCCACUAUUCCGAUAGCUGAUCAGAGGCAGAAGCAGCAGCGACCAGGAGGAGGGUCUCUCCUUGGAAGGCUCCGAAGAGAUCGUGGCACUCCGGUUUCUCAAUGGAGCAACAGCAGGAUCCAGCUAUGCAAGACGAUGCAAAUGUGAAGGCGAUUGAAGAAGAAUACAGGAAAGCUUUUGCAUUUGUUAAUAAGGCCCUGAAUGCAGAUGAAUUGGGACAAAAGGGAAAGGCACGGGAUUAUUAUCGGCAGGGUUUGAACCACUUGGCAAAGGGUGUUAGCCUUCCAUCUCAAGGCCCUGAAUGCACUGGACCACGCUGGGAAUCUGCCUGGCAAAUGCAACAGAAAAUGAGAGAGACUCUGGAAAACGUUCGUGCUCGCUUGAGCAUCCUAGAUAAUAAUACAAAUCCUUCUACUCCAGAAGCUCCUCCUGCAGAGUCACCCAGGUUAUAUCCAGCAGUUCCUUCCCAAGAAAAGCCACAGAGGCCUCCAGUACCAAAUUCACUGAUUCCACCUUCUCAGCCGCUUGCAGCAGGUGGAAGGCAGGGGCAGAUAGGUGUGAUGAGUUCUUCGUCUUCAAUGCCAAAUGAAGCGCCUCCAGCCUAUACCCCGGAGGCCACCAAUGGGCACUAUACCGUCUCGUACGGGACAGAUUCCGGAGAAUUCUCAUCGGUUGGCAACGACUUCUACACAAAAUGCACACAGCCACCUCCAGUGCAGAAUUUUGGAGUAGAUGCUGAUGAGUUGAUCCUCAUUCCCAGUGGGGUGCAGAUAUUUUAUGUCACCCCUGAUGGGCAAGUCAGUGCUCCCUCGUAUCCAGGAUACCUUCGCAUUGUGAGGUUUUUGGAUGCUGAUGCUGCGGUGGCCCAGAAUCGCCCUCCUGCUUUCCUUCAGGUCUGUGACUGGCUGUAUCCUCUUAUGUGCAACCAGUCGCCUGUCCUCUCCUGUAACACUGGGGUCUACAUGUUUCCUGACUUGAUGUCUCAGGUGUCAGGGUCUUAUGUGGGAGUGGUGCUAUCUUCAGAACUUCCUGCUGCUGACAGAGAGCUGUUUGAAGAUCUGCUAAAACAGAUGUCUGACCUCAGAGUGCAGGUUCCAGGAUCCAAUGAGGGGCAACUCCCAAGAUCUCACAAAGAGCUUUUUGAGGAUCUAUUAAAACAGAAACCUGAUCUCAUAGCCAAGCCAGGUGAAGCUUCAAGUGAUGCCAUUAACCUCAGCCACACUGUACCUGUUCAACCAGUGCCUGAAGAGAGGGAACGGGAGUUACCUGUCUGGAGUGAGAAAAUAGCCCAGGGAAUCUUAUCAGGAGCGUCCUGGGUGAGCUGGGGACUGGUCAAAGGAGCGGAGUAUACUGGCAAAGCAAUCCACAAAGGAGCUUCGAAACUAAGGGAACACAUUCAGCCAGAGGAGAAGCCCGUGGAAGUUAGUCCAACUGUAUCAAAGGGGCUCCAUGUAGCAAAGCAAGCUACGGGGGGAGCUGUGAAAGUCAGCCAGUUCUUAGUUGAAGGUGUGUGUUCUAUAGCAAGUUGUGUUGGGAAAGAGUUAGCUCCUCAUGUCAAGAAGCAUGGAAGCAAACUGGUUCCAGAGUCCCUGAAGAAAGACAAAGAUGGAAAAUCUACAUUCGAUGGAGCUCUAGUUGUAGCAGCAAGUGGAGUCCAAGGGUUUUCUACAAUAUGGCAAGGUUUAGAAAGCGCUGCAAAAUGCAUUGCUCAGAAUGUUUCUAAAGAGACGGUACAGACUGUCAGGCAUAAGUAUGGAGAUGAUGCUGGCCACGCCACACACGAUGCAGUGAGUUCUGCCAUCAACGUUGGUGUGACAGCUUUUAAUAUUGACCAUCUUGGUAUCAAAGCAGUGGUGAAGAAAACUGCAAAAGAAACAGGCCAUGCUGUGUUGGAUGAAUAUAACAUUAAAGAAAAAGAGGAAUACAAAGCGAUAGAGAAAAAAGAGAAAAAAGGAGAGAAAAAAGAUGACUGACAUUGAAAACACUGUGAAUGAGCUGCCCAAAGCCUUAAUUUAUGGUGUAACUUUAAAAAAAUUGAACAGAUAGAUGUCUUAUUUUUCUAACUGCAAGCUUCCUGCACUUAAUUUAUCACGCUUGACACUUACUUACCUUCUUCUGAAAUUGAUGGUUUAAUGGGUGGAUUAAUGUAUCCACAACUCCAGUAUUGCUGUUAAGACCUAGAUAAUAGAAGUGACUUUGAGAUAGUGUUAAAUUUGCACAAGAAAGAUUUGUGAUUUAUUUUAUUUGAAACAGAAGUGGAAUAUUAGAGUUUGGCUUCCUCUGUCCUGGGACUAUUUUUAUAAUACUAUUUCUAGCCUAAUCAUUUGAUUAUUUUCUGAAAUGGAACUAAUAUAUUUUCACUAAGCUGUACACAAAAAAUAAGCAAUUACAUUUUUCCUGUAAAUUGCUUACAAACAAACCAAAGAUUGAAAUGCCACUGUUUCUCAAGUGGAAACACAGUAUAGUCAAUGAAACUUUGUGAAGUCCUGGAUUUUACUGGAAAUGGUGAAAAUCUUGCUUAGGUGUGGGUUAAUUUCACUGUUCAUCUUGUUUUUUCAGCCAGUCUGUGGGCACAGAUAUUUUCUUGAAGGUUAAUACUCCAUCAGCAAAAAUAUUGAGCUCUGUAUAAAAGCUUUAGUUGUGCUUCGUAUUUGGCCCAAGUCACUCUUGUAAUGGUCAUUGGAAAUUAUAUAGUAUUCAGGAGUGAAUCUUGUUGCCUUCUGGUGGAAUGUGGUGCAUUCCAUGCGUUAAGUAUUAAACUUUGUACCUCUUCAGAAUGCAAGAUAAAGGUUCAGCUGCUACAGAGGUGGAAAUUUUUCACUAUGUAUUUGCAUCAGAUUUUGACUUCAGACUUAUGGUGAGGUUUCAUAGAUGUAUCAGAUUUGUAGUGUUCUUCCAACUUACAACAAAUAAUACAUUCAUUAUUUAAGGAGUUAACCACUUUGAAAACCUGAUGGAUUUAAAACUUUAAAUAAACUUUAAGAAGCAUA